AUGGUCUUCAAAUUGAAGCAACGGAAUCCUGCAAGCGCAGGCCCCGCACCUGUAACCGAUACACCUGCAAUUGUGCGCGGUGUCAUCGGUGACAUUCGAGCCAAGGGCGAUCAGUCAGUGAGAGCUUACUCGGAAAAGUUCGACAAAUGGAGUCCUACAAGCUUCAGACUCUCUCAGGAUGAUAUCGGGAAAAUCAUCGCCUCCGUUCCACAGCAGAUCCUCGAUGAUAUCAAGCAAGUGCAAGAGAAUGUUCGAACCUUCGCCUUAGCUCAGAAGGCGUCGCUUAAGAAUUUCGAAAUGGAGAUUCGUCCUGGUGUGCAUUUGGGCCAGAAGAACAUUCCGAUCAGCUCGGUUGGCGCAUACAUUCCCGGCGGUCGCUAUCCUCUCCUGGCCUCGAGUCAUAUGACGAUUCUCACGGCCAAAUGCGCAGGAGUCCCUCACGUCACCGCGUGCACGCCUCCCAUUGCCGGAACGAUCCCGGCGAACACCGUUGCCGCAAUGCACUACGCCGGUGCAGACGACAUCUAUAUUCUAGGUGGUGUGCAGGCCAUUGCAGCCAUGGCUGUGGGUACGGAGACGAUGAAGAAGGUAGAUUUCAUUGCCGGGCCUGGAAAUGCCUUUGUCGCCGAAGCCAAGCGCCAGCUGUUCGGAGAAGACAUCGGCAUCGAUCUGCCAGCUGGGCCGACGGAGAUCCUGAUCGUUGCAGAUGAGCAUGCCGAUCCAUUCACUGUCGCUACGGAUCUCCUGUCUCAGGCCGAACACGGCUACGACUCUCCUGCAGUCCUAAUCACGAACUCUCAAAGUGUGGGCGAAAAGACGAUCGACGAGGUCAACCGAUUGCUGAAGAUUCUACCCACGGCCGACGUUGCUGGAGUUUCCUGGGACCGUUUGGGAGAGGUGAAUGUAGUGGAUAACCUGGACGAGGCAUACAAACUCGCAGACGACUAUGCCUACGAGCAUGUGCAGAUCCUCACACAAAAGCCACGCGAAGCAUUGGAAAAGAUGUCCAACUACGGAGCUCUAUUCCUAGGCGAAAAGACUUGCGUCUCAUACGGCGACAAAUGUAUCGGAACCAACCACGUCCUCCCGACUCGCGGAGCAGCUAGGUAUACGGGCGGACUAUGGGUGGGCAAGUUCUUAAAGACAAUCACCUACCAGGAGGUCACCUCACCGCAAGAAAGUGGGGAACUCGGUCGACUAUGUGGCAGGGCAGCUAGAGCAGAGAAUUUCGAAGGACAUGCACGAUCUGGAGACGCUCGGGCCCAUCAAUACCUAGGGGACCAGUUCGAGUGGAUCUAG